CUAUGGUUUGGUUUCAGAUCCUUUUCGGGGAAUAUUUGGUGUGGGUGACGAUGUCUUCACAAAGCCGCUCAGGGUCCAGGAAGAGAAGCCCCCUCAGAUCCAAGGUAAUUCUCUAAUGGACGGAUGUGACCAAAAGAUGACUGGCUGGGCGAACCAACCCCUGAAUAUCCUGAUCUUACUAUUCUUAGUGAUGUCUUCAAAAGCCUCUUCUGGACAUUUUCGGGUUUGCGAACCAUACACAGAUCACAAAGGCCGCUACCACUUCGGUUUCCACUGCCCGCGCCUUUCCGACAAUAAAUCGUACAUCCUGUGCUGUCACCAUAACAACACGGUAUUCAAAUACUGCUGCAACGAGACCGAGUUCCAGAAUGUUAUGCAGAUGAACCUCACGUUGGGCGCGGACGGAUACAUGCAUAAUAAUUACAGUGCCCUGGUUGGCGUCUGGAUCUAUGGAUUUUUCGUACUGGUCUUACUGGUCCUGGAUCUUAUGUAUUAUUCCGCAAUGAACUUUGAGUUUUGCAAGCUGUACCUGACCAGGUGGGGGAUACAAAGCAAAUGGAUGAGACCGAGACAGAGAGAGUGGGAGACGGCGAGACAGGAGCCGUGCCAGCCGCAGGCCGCGCACGCCGUGCACACGCUGAAAGGAGACGCCGUCAGCCCAACGCUGAUGGCCUUCCAGACGUCCAGAGCUUGAAACAAGCGCAGUGCCUAAAGACGCCGGGAGAUUAACACCCACGUGAAAUCGCUCGACAGCUCAGGCAAGCGAAACCCUGCCGCUGAAGGAGGACUCAAGGAGACGGAGGCGUUAGAGCCGCCGCCGAGGGUUCCCAGAGAACGACAAGACGGUCAGACGACGGACUUUCUAACUCUGUAAGCAAUAUUUUUGUCUCUAGCUUAAGAAGAUUUUUUUCCUUUUUUUUCUCCUUUUUUUUUUCUAAAAAAAAAAAAAAGCAAAGUAACCUCCAAUAAAAAGAAUGAUGGAGCAAACAAGACGUUCCGACGCGGAUCGAGCACGGACAAUCUAAAAAAAAACAAAAAACAGCAGUGGAACCCGAUUUUUCUGCCUUCUUUCGCCAUUAUUGGAAGAAUAGAACAUACCUAAAGUGUUGCAUCAUCAGGGUAAUAAGUAGGAACAUUCCAGAAUUAACUGGUUAAUAAUCCUGUUAUUUACCAGAAUGACAUGUUUUUUUUUUCUUGCUCAGCACAAUAUCCACAAUAUAUUUUUUUCUCAUUCCAGAUCAGGCUUCCUCCGUAAAAAAAAAAAAAAAACACCCAUUUUUUUUUCCCGCACACUGUAUUAAACCGCAAGUGCCGUAUUUAACGCAUCACACGUGUCAUGGAUGGUUUUAGGCUAUUUCCUUAACGUGGAUCUGUCCCCUUAGGAAAAAAAACAUAAUAACUUAAAUAUUUCUAUACAUUCA